ACACUGCUGAGCGACAUAAAAAUGAAACUUGAAAAUGUGACGAAGCUAGAAAAUGAAACCAAAGCUCUGGACAGCUUGAGGAAACAGAUGGAGGAGCACAACAAGGAGCUGGAGGAAACUAUGGAAGAGGUGUUUCAGGGUUCAGACGAGCAGCUACAGCAUACUUACGAUAACCACCAGAGGACAGUGAUGGAGAAGGAGCAGAAGCUGCAACAGCACCAGGAGGAGCUGCAGACCUUUGACCAAGAAUACCAGAGACUGACCAGAGAAACGAAUGAUCUGCUGGUAGAAAAAGUUCGUCUACAACAUGAAGCUGAACGUCACACUAAGAACACCGAGGACCGCGACAGCCUGAUCCACUCUUUGUCAUCCUGUCUGGAGAUGGAGGGUUACGACCAGCUGCCCUUUACCGUUUCUCAACUCGAGAGCUUUUACCAUCAAGUCACACACAGGCUGGAGCAGGAAAAGGAGAGAGUCAGUCAGCUCUUGGCAGAGCUGCAGAAACUGGAGCAGCAGAAGCAGCAGUCUGUUGAUGAAAUGAGGGACAGGAAGACGUACAUGGAGAGAACGGUAGAGAUGAAAAGAGACGAGCGGCAAAAGAAGCAGCAAGAGCUGAAAAACAUCACAGAAGAGCUGCAACGACUGCAGGAUUCAUGUAGUCGACUGCAAGAGCUGGAAAAUAAACUGGCUGAAGUGGAGCGUGAAGAUGCAGUUCAGAGCUCCAGCGUGGAGGAGCUGAAGGCCGAGGUCGAGGAGCUCCAGGAAGAAAAGGCUGAACUCGACUGCACACAGAGACAGCUCGACGAAGAGAUGGAGACACUCAACAUGCACACAGCUGCACUCACACAGAUGGACAUACUGAAAAAGGGCAAAGCCGAGAUGGAGGAGCAGAUUCUUCAGAUCCGGUCUCGUCACUGUGAGGAUCUGGUGUCUCUAUUGGGCCACUUUCCAAACAAGAAAGAGCUGGAGGACUGGGUCUCUUCCAAGUCAAAGGAAACCAGCAGCACCGGGGACAGACUUACAAAGCUCAAAAUGGACUUGGCAUCAAAUGAGCAGAAUAAAAGCCACAUUACUGCUGAGCUGCUGAAGAAGGAGCUGCAGUUAGCCACAGAUGAAGAGAAGUUCUUGAAUGUUUGCAGCAGUCGAGAUCUGGAGCAGGACCUGAGCAACCUGCAGAGAGAGCUGGACGAGAUAUUCAAGACAAAAGCUCUACUAGCUGGAACUAAAGUGGUGUACACCCAGUUCAUCAGCGAGCUGAGCGAGCACAGGGAGCCCUGCUGCCCCGUGUGCCGACGAUCGUUUCCCUCAGAGUCUGAGGUGCAGGAAGUCGUCAGAGUCUUGCAGUCUAAACUACACCUGGUGCCAGAGAAACUGAAGAUCACUGAGCAGGACCUGGAGAGGACAGAGAGGAGGAGAGAGGAGAUAGUGGCUCUCAGGCCUGUGAGGGAGGCCAUUGUGCAGUUUCAGGAAAAUGAGCUGCCAGCAUUGAGGAAGCGGCUGCAGACUGUGGACAGAGAAGCUGAGAGGCUGAAGGGUGAUGUGGAGGAGCAGGAGGCUCUGCUCGCCGUCCUGAGGUCUGAGGAGGAAAAAGCCAAAGACUGCCUGCAGGGCAUUUCCCUCAUGGACUCAUACCUGAGAAACCUUGAAGAGGUGGAAAGGAAAAUUGAUCAGCAGGCAUCCAAACUCCAGGAAGUAAACCUGGACAACACAUUUCAGCAGCUCAGUCAGGACAAACAUGAAACUCAGGACCAGCUCGACACCACUUACAGCACAAUUGUGCGUAAACAUAAACAGAUCCAGGACCAGCAGGAGCAGAUUCAGAGCCUGAAAAGUGCAGCGAUAGAGAUGAGAGACGAGCAGCUUCAGCUGAUCAGAGACAAACAGAAGCAGCAGCACCUGGAGGAGCUGAGUGCAGAGAUCGCUGCUAGGAUGGAGGCCUUAACCACAGAGAUCAGGAAGCUGCAGCAGGAAAAGCAAAAGCUGGUGGAGCAGAAGAAGCAGAGAGAGGAAGAAGAGCAGAAGAAGAUUCGUAACACUGAGGAGAGACUGAAGGAAAUCACUGCUUUGCAAAGAGACGUCACUAAAUAUGUUGAUGAGGGAAGAGACAAAUACAAAGAGGACAAAGAGUCAGAGUAUCGAGCAGCAAUGACUCAGCUCCAAGAGGCUGAGAGGAAUAAAGAGAGGAUCAGCACAGAGAUGGGAAACAUCCAGCAGGACAUAGACACUCAAAAGGUCAAAGAGCGCUGCUUAUGGGACAACCUGACCUUGAGAAAGCACGUUAAUAAGCUGAAGAACAUGGCGGCCAAACGUGAGGCACUGCAGGAAGAUCUAAGCUACAUGCAAGUCUCGCUGCUUCAGCGACAACAUGAGGAAGAGGAAAGCAAGCUGGCCGAACUGAAGAGCGAGCGCAGUCGGGAGCAGGGCGCACAGAAACCCCUGGAGGAGCAGAUACUGGAAUACAGCAAACAGCUGGAGGAAGAUCAGUACGGCAAAGCCGAGGAGCUCCACAGAAACAAGAUGAUUGAGAUGAGAACCACACAGCUGCUCAGCAAAGACCUGAAACUCUACGAAGAGGCUCUAGAUCAAGCCAUCGUGAAGUUCCACAGCAUGAAGAUGGAUGAGAUCAACCAGAACAUCAGAGACCUGUGGCGCAGCACCUACAGGGGUCAAGAUAUCGAGUACAUCGAGAUCAGGUCUGAGGUGGAGGAGAGGUCGGAGAGGCGGAGGAGCUACAACUACAGAGUAGUGAUGAUGAGAGGAGACGCAGACGUGAAUAUGAGAGGGCGCUGCAGUGCCGGUCAGAAGGUGCUGGCAUCCCUGAUCAUCCGGCUCGCUCUGGCAGAGGCCUUCUGUCUUGACUGUGGAAUCCUGGCCCUGGAUGAGCCCACCACCAACCUGGACCGGGAGAACAUCGAGUCCCUGGCAGACGCUCUCGUAGAGAUCAUAAGGACUCGCUCUCAGCAGCAUCACUUCCAGCUGCUGAUCAUCACUCAUGACGAGGACUUUGUGCAGCUGCUGGUUCGGUCCGGGUGCAUCCAGCACUUCUACCGCAUCAGCAAGAACCAGGACCAGAACUCAAAGAUCACAAAGCAGAGCACAGCCUUCCUCUCUGUGUGACACCUUGUACCUCAACAGCUAUGAAAUCACUUCAUG